AUGGAAGGUGAAUAUAAGGAUCAAGAUGAAUCAUUAAAGGCAAGACAUAUUAAUGAAGAUGAUGAUAGUUAUGAAAGCGAACCCGAAGAACAGCAAAUCGAAGAAUUUAAUCCAGAUGCUGCAAUUCAAAUUUGCGAAUUAUUAAUAGCAGACGAUAUUGAUCAGAUUGCUCAAGCGAUUAUACAACUUACAAACGUUUUCAAUAAGAAUGAAGAUAAAAUUCCUAUAAUUUUAGAUGAUGGAGUUUUAUUUACAAGUUUAUCGGCGUUUAUUGUUGAUUACAAUCCAGAAAUCACACCUUUAGUCAUAAAUUUAUUACAAAAUUAUGUAGAUUUUAGCACAGAUCAGCAUCAAAUUGAAAUUUUCUUAAAAGAAGGAGUUCACGUUCAUUUGGUGACAAAAUUAACCGAAGAAAUACCAUUUGUAUACGCGAUACACAUUAUUCAGCUUUUUAAUUCAAUUAUUUCGAAAUAUAAAAAAUUACAAAAAGAAUUAAGGAAACAUGGCGUAAUGACAGUAGUUCUCGACAUACUUGAUUACUAUUGCAUCGAUCGUAAUCCGGGUCGAAGAGAAACAUGUGAAAAAUUUGAAGUCAAAUAUUAUCAAGAAAAAGGCAUUGAUCUUUCGGAAGAAGAAAUAGCCGAGCUUGUCAAGCAAUGUAUCCUGUUCAUUCGUACAUUUAUUAUUAACAAAAAGAACUGGAAUUGCUUUAUAAUUACAGAAGGAUUAUGUUCUUUGAAUUUAUACGCCAAUUUCAGGAAUACAACUGCUCUAGAAGCUUUACUAUCAAUAACUACUAAUAUUCACCUUGACAAACUUUCAAUUUUCUCAAGUUGUUUCGUAAAUUGCGAUUCUCCACGAAAAAUGGUAGAAUUUGCAGCAGAUAACGAUAUAACUGCUUGGAAAAUCAUCAAGGAUACUCUUGCUGAUGAAAUAAUCACAAAACAUUACAUGGUUUCUAAUUUCGGAGAAUUAUUAUUAAAUACUAUCAGUAACAAAGACUCUGAUUUCAUUGAAGCAGCUCUUACGUGUUUACUAGACUUAACAUAUUCUGAUCCGCAUGGUUUCAACAGCUUUUUCUUGGAAUCUGGAAUGAUUGAUAUUGUAUUGAACUUUAUUGAGACAGAAACAUCGAAAAACAAGAUACUUUCUGUUGGUAUCAUUGCUCAUUUCAUUGAAAGGACUUCUGUUGAAAUAGUUAUGGAAAAAUGCCCAAAUUUUGUAAAUUUGGCUUUAGACUUAGCAGUAAACAUGGAUUCAAGUGAUGCAAUUGUUAUUCUUGAAUCUCUGGAACCUGUAGCUCAAGCAGCAAUUGCAAAUGGAUUCAAUGUUUCCGAAAUUUUUGGCGGAGAAGAAGGAUAUGAGAUUUUGCAGGAUAUGAUAGAUAAUAGACCUGUCAAUGUAUGCGAUCAUGCUGCUCUCUUGAGCUCCCUCGUUUUUCCUGAAUCUGAUGAAAAAUAA